GAACUCCUACGAGGAACAAAGGAAGCCAUACAAAAGUCAAAACUCGUCGACCAAGAACGAUUUGAAACAAAUCGUAAAUCCAAAAGAGUUUGAUGGAUACCGGUUCUUGAGUGUGAAUCCUGGGUAUACGGGUGGAGAUGCACGUGUCAGUCCUAGCGGGGGUCUUUUAGAUGGUGUCAAGAGUGGUGAGGAGGAGGAGGGAAAGGAGAUGAAAAAGACCAUGUUUACGACUUCGAGGGACUUUCUCACAUUUGGACAUGGAAGAAAUGCCUGUCCUGGAAGAUUCUUUGCUGCCCUCGGGUUGAAAGCGGUCCUUGCGACGUUGGUGCUUGAUUACGAUGUAAAAUCGGUGGCCAAAGAGAGUGGGAGUGGAUAUGAGCCGAAGGAUAUCUGGUUUGGCGAGAACCUCUUGCCAGAUAUGAAGGCUCGUGGUUUAGGCCCAGCAAGGUUCCAACUUGGAGCCCCGCGGAAUCCCACGUACUCUUGGAAUCCCCUAGUGCCGUCAGGAUGGCUUCAGCUUUUACGACGAGGAUAUUGGAGCUCAGAAAUUGGUCUAGAGGCUCGUUGGAUGGACCGUAUCUUUGGCAGGGAGCCCUUGGCGUUGGCCUUCUUAUCUGGCUUUGGAACUAUCAACGGAACAAGUAUCCUGUCAAAGAUUCGACUUAGCAUCGAGGGAUUCGGACCAUACCAGGAUGCUUAUAACAAUUAUCCAAUGCUCCAAAUACCAGAGCUAGAUGGAUGGAAAAUCAUUGUACAAAAACAAUUCUUCGACGAGGUCUUGCGCGCUCCUGAAGAGAUUCUAAACUUUCACGAAGCUACGUUCGAA